AUGUUUUAUUACAGGAGACGAUUUACUUUGCCCCAUUCUGAGAAACUGGAUGGCGACACGGCCUGUCGAUUAUACACCCCCUACGACAGGAGGAAUGUGAACGGCCGGCUGUAUAUAUCCUCCAACUUUGUGUGUUUCGGGUCUAAUGUAAGUGCAAAAACACUUUACUGCAGAAGGGCAAAGGCGAACAAAUAAAAAAUAACAAAGAAACAUAAUUUGUUUUAUUUUAAAGGUCGAACGUCUCGUGAAUGUGGUGAUCAUCAUGAAGAUGGUCGACAAAGUCGAACUGUUCACAAAUAUCAACAACGGAGUCAGUAAUGGCAUUCAGAUUCAGCUGACUAAUGGUCGAUCCCUCCAGUUUACGGCCUUCUCUGAUCGUCAAACUGUUUAUGAUCGGAUAAAAAACUUUUUGCUGAGAUCUAAAUUAAGAGAGACACGGCAGAAAGAAAACUUGGUAAGUCAGGAAGGUUAAAUUGAGGGAAACAAAACAUACAAACUAGCUUUUACCUUUAAUAUCCUUCUAGGUAAAGUUGAAAGAUCAGUUUACUGACUUGGAUGAAGAAUGUUUACGUCAAAUAUUGGCUCAACCUUUGUCCAAACGGUAUCCUCCAAAACAAAAUGUAGAUGAAAAGUUGAAAAAGAAGUGGGAAAGAUUCAAUGAGAUCUAUGGAAAGGACUCCACUUUAUUCAGAACGGUCGAUUUGAGUCGUCUUUUAUUGGAGGGUGUCCCCAAUGAGGAGAGGGGAAGGUUAUGGGCCAUUUGUUCUGGAGCCGACUUGGAGAUGAAUCUACAUCCAGGAGAAUAUCAGUCAUUGUUGAGUAAAUCUAGGGACUAUUCUCCGUUUACGAUGGAAGAGAUUGAGCGUGAUCUCCAUCGAUCUUUACCUGAGCAUCCGGCAUUCCAAGGAGGCCCUGGAAUUGAUGCUUUGAGAAGGAUUUUGGCUGCAUAUGCCGUUAGAAAUCCCAGUAUUGGUUAGUAGUGUGUUUCUUACUCAUAAUUAGUCUUUAAGGUUACUGUCAAGCGAUGAAUAUAGUUGGAGCGGUCUUAUUAUUGUUCUGCAACGAAGAGCAAGCCUUCUGGAUGUUGGUUGCGGUCUGUGAAAGGUUCCUUCCAGACUAUUAUAAUACAAAAGUGGUUGGGGCCUUGGUCGAUCAAGGUGUUUUUGUCGAUAUUGUCAGCAAAACACUUCCCGGCCUCCAUUCCAAGCUCCUUAAUCUUGGAAUCGAUGAUUUGGUUGCGCUGUCAUGGUUUUUAACAAUUUUUUUGAACGCCGUAAAGUUUGAUGCAGCAGUGCGCAUAUUAGAUUUGUUCUUUUAUGAGGGUUCCAAGGUAUGUUCCAGUAUGUCAUGUAAAUUUUUCUCUUCAGUUUAUGUUCCAAAUCGCCCUUCAAAUUCUGAGGGAGAAUUCGGAAGCGCUUCUGAAGGCGCGAGACGACGGGGAAGCCAUUCUGGCCCUAUCUAAUUAUGUAUCCAGGAUCACGGAGUGCCGUGUCGAGAAUUCGCAGUACAUUUAUGUGGGAAAACUCAUAUCCAACUCAUUCCGAAGCUUCGGGAUGUCCUUCACCAACAAGGAUGUUGAGAAAUUACGACUCAAACAUCGUCUCAAAGUAGUACAAGUAAGAAGACGUCCCAUAAAAAAAGAUUACAUCAUAUUCAGAAUUUGGAGGACAAUCAAAUGAAGUCGACCAUCAAGACUGUGGGCUCGGAAUGUUAUUUGAAUAUGGAGGAAUUACAACAAUUGUACAAUCUGGUUAAAGAACAAUACUUACUCAGUUGGCAUACCAGAUUAGGGUCUCGGAAUGAGAAUGGGGACAAGCAGAAGGACAAUCAAGGACAAUAUAAGAUCGACCUGGAGCUGUUUUGCCACAUAUUCCCGCAGUUGUUGCCUUGGCAAUGUUCAAGGAUAUUUGUGAUCAGGGUAUUUAGAGUAAGACAUAAAAAUCAAAAGGUUACGUUUAUCUUUGAUAGUUAUUGGACUCGCAACAACAAGGUUACGUAACAUUCAAAGACUUGGCCAUCACUGUCGGGACGUUGGUGAAGGGGGAUGCCAUCAGCAGGGUCACUCUUUUCUAUCGACUCCACAUCCCCCCAGUCUCGAUGGCUAAUGAUUUUGAAGAUCGGGGAUCGGUUAACAGCAUCAAUGAGGACGAUGAUAAUGGUAGUUAUUGUUUAAACUCAAAGUUAUAAAUAUUUUCAGAAGACGAACCAGAAGUGGCGACAGAUGCUACCGAACUUUUGGAGGCCAUACCGCGAUCAGCCAGUUCUGGAAGUAUGUUAAGUUCCGUGGAUAAACCUGGGCCCUCAGGCGUUACAACCAGCGAAUCUAUGCCCACAGGCUUUGAUUCGACCAGUCUUUUGGAGUCUCUGAGUGACCGAAGUUCCAUCCAAUCAAGACAAAACUUCACUCCCAGGCUUUUCCCGGGCUCUCCUCUCUCUGAUUUCAGUAUCCCAGACAAUGAGCACAGUGAAAUCAGUGGUGGGUUACUUUCUCGGUGAUGAGUUAUAUAAAUUUUAAUUUAGACUCUUUCUCCAUGGUCGAAGAUGUCAGCGACGCCAUUAAAGCACUCACUCAGAAGAUUAACAAUACAAAUCUAAAGAAAUUCGAGCUCCAGUCAGAUGUGGAGGUUAGCCAGAUCAAUCAGACCGAGUUCAUUAAUCUGCUGAAGACCUUUUAUGAUAUAAUCGGAGCAGGAGACGAAGAUAUGCAGAUCUACCACGCUCUCGCUGUAGCCGGAACAUUGCUUUUACAAUUGGGAGAAGCUGAAAAGAAUUAUUUGAAUCAACUGCAAAAUGAUAUUAGAGAUGCGAUCAAUUCAACAGAAGAAGAGACGAAAGAAAAUGAUGGAGAUCUUCCCAAGAGUCCCGAAAAAGAAGGGGAAUGGAGACUGAACCUGGAGCAGAUCCUGGCCACCGUCGCCGCCGAGCCUUCAUUGACGGAAUUCUUUGACAAAAAAUACUCUCUGACCGAAAAAAUGAAGACAUUCCGAACAAGGACAACUUCCACCGAACCCUCAUAA